AUGGGAAAGAGUGUUGCUGUAAUCGAGAAGCAAAAAAGGUUGGGUGGCCAUGUCAAUACCUAUGUGGACGCGGCUACAAACACGACUUUCGACUAUGGAGUCAUCAUUAUGGUCAAUAUAACAGUGGUGCGCGAUUACUUCAACUUCCUCGGCAUCCCGAUGGGCACAUUCCAAGGCUAUGUCCCUGACCAGAAGACCCUCUAUGCGGAUUUUGCUGAGGAGACAGAUGUAUCUCCUUCGUACAACGAGACCGAGGUCGCUGCAGCCGUGCUUGGCUACGCUGGCCAGUUGCAGAAGUAUCCUUACCUGGCAAGUGGAUACCAUCUACCUGAUCCGAUCCCAGAGGAUCUACUUCUCCCGUACGGCGAAUUCUUGGACAAGUACAAUCUUAGUGCAUUGACCCAGACAGUGUGGUACAUCAACGAGGGCGCUGGCAAUAUCCUGGCUCAGCCGACGCUAUAUAUGCUGAAAUAUUUCGGCCUGUUGCAAGCGCAGGGUCUUGCGCAGGUACCUGGCUCUCGCUUCGUGAACGCCAACAACGACUAUCAAGCUUUGUACGACUCUGCUUUGACUCAUCUUGGCGAGGGCAUUAAUGUCUUCCUCGACAGCAUACCCACAGAGGUGCAGCGUAACGAAACUGGUGUCACCGUGCGAGCGUGUCCUCCGUCUGGUGAGAAGCUCAUUCGUGCUCAGAAGAUCGUGAUUUCGAUUCCGCCAAAGGUUCAGAAGCUUGAGCAGUUCCUCGGAAUUACCGAGAACGAAUAA